AUGAAGCUGCUUGUGCUCGCGAGUCUGUGUGUGCUGGCGGUGGCCAGGCCCCAGCAGGACUUCAUUCAGCCCGAGCCCACGCAGUACGCCAGCCUGCAGGACGCCGGUAUCCUCCGCAUGGAUAUGAGCCAGCAGGAGGACGGCUCCUUCCAGUACGGCUUCGAGACCACCGACCCCAUCGUGCAGGACGUCACCGGCCAGAUCAAGCAGAUCGGUGAAGAAGUCGGCGUCGUCAUGCAGGGCUCCUACUCGUUCACUGCCAAGGACGAGAACGGCAACGACGUGCCAGUCACGAUCAACUGGACGGCCGACGAGAACGGCUUCCAGGCGCAGGGCGACGCUAUCCCGAAGGAUGCCAACUCUGACGGCGCCGCCAUCGCUUCGUUUGAUAACCAGUUUUAG